CUUCGUUUUUAUUGCUCGAAUUCCAUGCUUUUGUAUUACCUAUGAUGCAUCUACUUGUACUUGUGUGGGGGCGGAUGUCUGUACUGGAUUUAUUAUGUCCUCUAUGUUUGGAUUGAAGUUGGUCCGUUUCUCUUCUGGCUAAUAGAUUCUUGUCUGGUUGGCUUUUUAAUUCGAAUCAAGAGAAAAGAAAUUUUAAUUUCCUAUUUGCUCAUUAAACUGAAAAUCUCUAUCACUUUGUGUGUGCGAUCGUGUUCUGUAUGCUCUGCCAAUUGUAAUUGUUAUGCAGAACAAAAUAAGAAUGACGUUUGGAUUUAGGAAACAUGUCAGAAGGCAUGAAGUUGGAAAAUGGCUCUGUUGAGCAAGAUGAGGAUCUCCAUAACUCUGCAACUGAAAAGCCUAGCAUUGAUCCAGGGCAACCCCCAUCACUCACCUGGCAACGAAAACUAAACAGUGAGGGAGUUUCACUUCGGCAGUUCAGGUUGCAUCUGAAAGAGAUAGUUCAUCUGGCUCCUGUAGGACUUAGGCUAGUCCGCCAUAUACGAGAAGAAUCUGUGAAAGGAAGGGGGGCUAUGAUAAAUCCUUUUGUCAGGCGCCAAAUAACUGAUACUCAUGGAAUACCUCUAGGUGGUAUUGGAUCAGGAAGCAUUGGAAGAAGUUACCGAGGUGAAUUUCAACGAUGGCAACUAUUCCCUAGAAAAUGUGAAGAUAAGACAAUUUUAGCAAAUCAAUUUUCCGUUUUUGUUUCACGACCGAACGGGAAGAAGUAUUCUACUGUACUAUGUGCACAGAACCCUCAAACCGAGAGGGAUGUUGAAUUAUCAGGAAUUGGGUCUUGGGACUGGAAUUUGAAGGGUCAUAGGUCUACAUAUCAUGCUUUGUAUCCACGAGCUUGGACAAUAUACAAUGGUGAACCGGAUCCAGAACUUAAAAUAGUUUGCCGUCAAAUUUCACCUAUUAUUCCCCAUAAUUACAAGGAGAGCAGUUACCCUGUCUCGGUUUUUACUUUCACGCUGCACAAUAGUGGAAAAUCAGCUGCUGACGUCAGUUUGCUUUUCACCUGGGCAAAUUCAGUGGGAGGGAUUUCUGAAUAUUCUGGUAACCAUGUCAAUUCGAGAACAAAGACAAAGGAUGGUGUGCAUGCUGUGCUUCUACAUCACAAGACAGCAAGCGGAUUACCCUCUGUGACUUAUGCUAUCGCGGCACAGGAGGGUAAUGACAUUCAUGUCUCAGAUUGCCCUUGUUUUGUAACAUCUGGUAACUUCCCGGGUAUAUCGGCCAAGGAUAUGUGGCUUGAGAUCAAAGAGCAUGGUUCCUUUGAUCGCCUUAACUCUCCUGACAUGUCAAUGCCCACUGAAGUGGGUUCAUCCAUUGGUGCGGCUAUUGCUGCUUCAGUUACAGUUCCACCUAAUGCAGUUCGUACUGUUACAUUUUCGUUGUCUUGGGACUGUCCCGAAGUGAACUUCUCUGGAGGAAAAACUUAUCACAGGCGUUACACAAAAUUCUAUAGUAACCUUGGAGAUGCUGCUGCCAAUAUUGCACGUGAUGCAAUACUAGAACAUCGUCACUGGGAGUCCCAAAUUGAUGCUUGGCAAAGACCUGUGCUUGAAGACAAGAGGUUUCCUAAAUGGUAUCCCACGACUCUCUUUAAUGAGCUUUAUUAUCUAAAUGCAGGAGGGACUAUCUGGACAGAUGGGUCACUUCCAAUUCAGAGUUUAGUAAGCUUUGGGGAAAGGGGAUUUUGCCUUGACGAAUGCAGAUUUGGUCUGCAGAGUGCAGUUGAUGCAUCCCAUGAAAAUGACACUGCUAAUGAUAUUCUUGGGAGGAUGACUUCAACACUUGAUGAGUUACGCAAUUCUGGCACAUCAAAUUCUGCAUUUGGACUAAAUCUGCUACAAAAGGGAGAGGAGAAUGUUGGCCAGUUCCUUUAUCUUGAAGGGAUUGAAUACACCAUGUGGAAUACCUACGACGUUCAUUUUUACUCGUCUUUUGCAAUAAUAAUGCUAUUUCCAAAACUUGAACUCAGCAUUCAACGAGAUUUUGCAGCGGCUGUAAUGAUGCAUGAUCCCAGCAAGAUGCAACUUCUAGAUAAUGGGAAAUGGGAAGCAAGAAAUGUUCUUGGAGCCGUUCCUCAUGAUAUAGGAGUUAAUGACCCGUGGUUUGAAGUAAAUGGAUAUAACUUAUAUAAUACAGACAGGUGGAAGGACUUGAAUCCCAAAUUUGUGCUUCAAAUUUAUAGGGAUGUUGUUGCCACAAGAGAUACGAAAUUUGCAAAGGCUGUCUGGCCCUCUGUAUAUCUCGCCAUAGCUUAUAUGGACCAGUUCGAUCGAGAUGGCGAUGGGAUGAUUGAAAAUGAUGGCUUCCCUGAUCAGACUUAUGAUACGUGGUCCGUCACUGGUAUUAGUGCAUACAGUGGUGGUCUAUGGGUGGCAGCUUUGCAGGCUGCUUCCGCCCUGGCUCGUGUAGCUGAUGAAAAGGAUGCUGAACACUAUUUUUGGUUCAGAUUUCAGAAGGCAAAACGUGCGUAUGAGAAAUUGUGGAAUGGUUCUUACUUCAACUAUGACAGCAGUGGCGGGAGUUCAAGUUCAUCUAUUCAAGCUGAUCAGUUGGCUGGACAGUGGUAUGCUAGAGCCUCAGGUCUUCUUCCCAUUGUUGAUGGAGAGAAGGCCAAGAGUGCAAUGGAGAAGGUAUACAAUUACAAUGUGUUGAAGGUGAAGGGUGGGAAGCGAGGUGCGGUAAAUGGGAUGCUUCCUGAUGGAACAGUGGACUUUUCAUCAAUGCAGUCAAGAGAAAUAUGGUCAGGAGUGACAUAUGCUGUUGCUGCUACAAUGAUCCAUGAAAAAUUGACUGAUAUGGCAUUUCGAACAGCGGAAGGGAUCUAUGAAACUGCAUGGUCAGAAGAUGGCCUGGGAUACAACUUUCAGACACCAGAAGCUUGGACAACCACAGAUCGGUAUCGAGCGCUGUGUUACAUGCGACCUCUUGCGAUUUGGGCUAUGCAAUGGGCACUUUCAGAAAAAAUAUCCAUCAUUGAGGAGUUGAAAGAACUUGACAAUGAGGCCAUAUUAAGGCACCAUGCCAAGUUUUCCAAAGUUGCCCGCCUUCUGAAGUUGCCUGAAGAUGGGACAUCUGCAAGUGUUAUACAAACGGUCUAUGAUUAUACUCUGAAGAGGUUUUUCUAGAUUCUGUCAAUCCACUUUUGGUUCGAUAUAUUAUAAUAAACUAAAAGUAUUACUUGUACCUUCUUCAUUCUGCUGUGAGUUUAAGAUGAGUGAAUCUAAAUCUCUAAAAGCGGUCUUAAACCUCUGGGUUUGAUCAAGGAUUAUUUCUUCUUAAAGACAGUAACAUUCUGGAUCUAUGAAUAUGCUGAAUGCUGAAUUGCUGCGGUGGAAUAAAGCUGUUAUUCUUGGGCA